UCUUUUUGUUUUGGAUAUCAAUUCAACAAUUUGUGAGCAAAAACACGUGUAUUGUAGUGAAUUCAAGAUUGAGACUAAGCCGUCUUCGUAGAAGGUUUGCAUGAAAAGCGUCUAAUUAACACAUCUCUGAACUCCGACAUGCGUGUGUACAUGUUCACCGCCGAGAAGCAAGAACGCGCACUACGUAUUUAUGACAGCAAACUGGCUGACUAUAGAACUGGCUUGUCAGCUGAUGGAUUUGCCCUAUACACGAGUGGGAGAUGCAGCUAGGCAAUCACCACCUUGUUCAGAUUCAAUACCAUUACUGUGGCUACUUCACGGCCAGUGUUGUCCAGUCUCCGCCCACGAGUCAUCGUAGGUCGCCCAGAGGAUUCCACACCCCACGGGAUGGCCAUUAAAGUCUGUGAGUAGCGACAGAGUGAUCUACGUCAAGACAGAACCGAUUGCUUCACACGUUGUAGGGAAACCUGUUCCUUCAAAUGUUUACCUUUAACAUAAAUGUUUAAAACAUCUGUGUACUGGGGGAAAAGCGAGUCCGCUUCAUCAGCUGAGUGGUGAUUUCAACCAGCUUCAUCUUUGACUUGUGUGUGAUCAACUUUGAAAUACUUCCCCACCACCACGCGAAUUUACAACUUCUAUCGGAGAAAUCUUUUACACUUUUACCCUACGAGGUGAAAAAGAACCUUCAGGCAGCCGUUCACGCAAUCAGCUUGACGAGGUAUACUGGAAGGCGCUCCGAGAGCAGGGCCUGUUGCCACUUCCUAUCCCGGGUCAGUUUGCGCUACAUUAAGCCGUGGACUGUGAUUUGCUGCGAGUAAAAGGUGAGUUUUAAAGACCUGUCUCCUCGUAGCACUACCGUCCUCACAACACUGGUGGAUCUACAAAUAGAAGACGUGGUAUUGAGUUACAAGCCCGAGGCGAAGAGAGGGAUUGUACCACUACGCUACUACUAUAGGAGCACGAGUUAGUGAGGCAUGAUAGAUGAAACUCGCAGACAAUGCAUUAGCAAUUCGCAGAAACGACCACUGCCACAGAGGGAAGGUGUGUUCCGGCGUGCGUUGAGUUCAGUGGAGCAGCUAUAUAUAUAUGGAAGUGGUAGACUCUGAUUGAAUACGAAAUUCUCUCCUCGGUCUGCUGUUAGGGAACGACUCGCAGAAGUAUGAGGGAGAUAAGCGAGCCUGUUCAUUCGUGCCUCGGUCUGUGAUCAAGUUGUAAAUGUGGACAUGCUACGAAAUGCAACUGAAGUACAGUACCACACGGAAUAUUCACUGGAGAACGGAACCAAAGGAGACAUAGGAUAUUUAUGGUACCCAAACACACUAUACAUUCUCAGGGGUGUUUUUCUCACGUUGGUGUGUGUACUGGGGACGGCCUUCAAUGCCUUCAUGAUUGUUGCUAUUGUCCCCAACAGGCGACUCCGAAAUGUCCGCAACAUCCUACUGGUUCAUCUCGGGGCGGUUGGGCUGGCGGCUUCCCUCACUACCACGUUGUACUCGGCUGUUGUUAUAUUCCUUAAAGAAUGGUACGGCGGAGACGUUGUGUGUCAAAUAUACGCGUUUCUUAAUUCCGUGUUUACAUGUGUAAUUGUGUGGACAAUCACAGCGUUAAGCUGGGAUAAGUAUCAGACCAUCGCCUCACCCCUUCACCAUUCUCUCACCGCCACAUUCGUCAAGAUGUCGACGUGUUUCUCAGUGUUCUGGGUCUCAAGUUUAACCCUUUCACUUCCGCCGCUGUUCGGAGCUAACGAGUUCAUCUUCCACCCUGCUAUGGGGCUCUGUGCUGUUAACCCUUCCCACUCUGAAGGCAGGUGGUACACCAUCGUAUAUGUCUGUGCAGUGUUUUUUCUGCCAUUCUGUAUAAUGAUUUAUUGUUAUGCUCAUAUAUUCCAAAUAGCUCGGACACAAAGCAGCAGAAUAGCUGCAACAAUGCUCCGAAUGGUCAGUGUGAUUCAAGCGCCUAUUGCCCCUACUAAUGCCACCACCUCGUUAUCAAUGAGAGGUACAAAAGCAAUGGGAACAAUUCUUCAGCUUGUGGGAUCAUUUGUUCUAACAUACAUACCAUACGCUGUUGUACUGAUGUACGCCGUCAUAACACAAAAUAUGCCUGAAAGUACGUUUGUCUCCGUAGCUACAACCCUGUUCCAAGCUUCACCAUGUACCAAUGCUUCCGUUUAUGGCCUACGUAAUAAGAUAUUGCGGGCGUCGUUUUAUCGCUAUGUUCGACGGAGGCUCCAACAUGCGUGUUACAAAGACAGGAGAAGAGGAAGUGUAAAAUCAUUAACCCGGAAGUCGUCUUCUACCCAGAAACUUUCUAAUCUAAAUCGGAAGUGUCAAAAUGGCGUCCGGGGCCCAAUGAGGCGUACACAUAGCUUUCAAGUGGCAUCCACGAGGUUUCAAGGUAGCCCUAUUGUCAACAUUAAAAAAGGCUUACCUCGGCCGCAUUCCUUCUCAGUCAUGGCCGUGAAUGGACAACCUGUAAGUUGUUUAGAAGAGGAAAUUCAAGAAUGUUUGUAGUUUCAUACGAAGGGAUUUAUACGUUGUGAAUAUAUUUAUUUUGUAUUUAUAUGGAGCGUUACGAACGAAAGGUUGGUGGGGUCAUUUUACAUAUUUAUGUGAUAUUAUUGACUAUCUGUGUAAGAGAUUUGUCUUGUCAGCUUUGCCUCGUAAAUGUACAGUGACCCUUUGUUAAAUGUUUGAAUAAUUGCUUAACAAGGUAAAAGCACGUUCUGAGAUAUUUGUAUUUGUGAUGGCCAUUUUAUAUUUAUAUUUGUUUUGUAUUGUUAUAUGUACAGUACCACCAUGAUGUAUUACUUGAGUCCUUUUGUCCAAAUCCAAAGUACUACCGUAAAGUGUGAAUAUACGCACUGGGUAAAAUAAUCAAUUUGUGAAAUACAGGAAUAUCAACAUGUUUCGCUUUUUCUUACUUUAAAGUAUAUAUUUAUGAAGCCAUUCUAAUCAUGCCCUUUAUUCAUCUGAAAAAUGCUCAAUCAGUGACCGUUGUAGUAGACCGUUCUAAUUCCUCGUUCAUAAAACUCUAAAGGAAAACUGAAUAUUGGUAGAAAUAUUAUAUACCUCCGCCUAGUCAGACUAUUUGGUUGUUUACCGAGAUUUUCAUGUUUUGUCUGUUAAAUGGGAUUAAUGUAACUUAGGCUGUCUAUGCUGGUAAGGUUUUUCCUAAAGGAAAUGCCAUUUUAUAGCUUCCGCAUCCCCAUAAAUGCGUUCUAAUGGGUUGUUUGAGAUUCCUAACUAAUGUCAUUUAAAGAUUAGAUUCUGUUCUCGGCACUGCAACGCUCUGGCAAUUAUCUCAAAACACCAAUUUGAACUCUCUCUAAAUAUAUUUUAAACUGUUUGAAGAUCGGGGAAUAGACAGGAAGAAUGCGCCGUUAUUAAGCCGAUAGCUCUGGCAAUGUUUGUGUUAAGCGUUAUGGGGGCUGUGUAUACCAUGCUGCAAUGUUACUGCAAAGGUACUUCGGUACUUUCCAAUUUUCAACUCAGAUUAAACUAAUUACCUGAAUUAUCUUGUAAAUAAAGAAGUAACUUUCAAAGGUGUUUCGCUAACUAUACAUUAAGCCCUUACAGAAGAUCGUUUCGGUAGAACACGCAUUGUUUCGGUUUUGUGUAGAUUACAAUAAUUACAACUCCAGCUAUUUAAAAGAAAUUUGUCUCCGCACUGUUUUACCAUAGCUUCUCAACGUUCAACCCCUCAGUGAUGAAAGUUUUGAUGACACUUAACAAUAUCCAGUGAAUUAAUCUCUGCCCCUUCAUGUCUUACAACAGUCCUGUAAUUGAAGUUGAUCACGUAAACACAGGUGUCAGUUCACGAACACCAUAUCCGACCAACAUAUUCAAACCUCGAUCGAUAGGAAAGUCGUCUGAUUAUUGUAGUGUGAUAUCCAGGGUAAUAAAGUGUACGGGAUUGCCACAUCCCCACAUGGUGGCCAUGGCGUCUAGAGUAGCCUCCAGAGGUUAAUGGGUUAACAAAGCUGCUGGAACGGCUUCCCAAGCGAGCCAAGCCUAUAUUACUAAGCUUGGUGUAUAUGCAGAUAACUGUUGACUCUAUCAGCACAUGGCACCAGUAAAUCGUGACAUGUUCUUCGUAGCUAAGUGAUUCAGACAUUUAUUGCAUAAUCCUGUGUUAUAAUGGAUAUCGUAUCCAGACGGGGGUCGAAAUUUAAAUUGAUGGGAACUGAACGCCAUAUUGAAUACGCCGUCACUAGAAGAAGUGCACUAUGUUUUAAAAUGCUACAUGUACACAUUCAGUCAGUAAUACCCAGUUUGUAGAGCGUCAGCACUGGCCUCAUGUAAGGAGGAUGCUGUGUCAGGAACUAAUUACAGAUAUGUCCAUCUUUAUUUUCGCUUUGAGAUCCACAUGUUCAUUACAUUUACUCUUUGAUGCCAACCAUUACGAAUAAGGAAAAUUGUUGUAUUAGAAAAAACGUUUCCUUUGCCCUGGUCCUCACGUAUUCCUAUUUUCGCUGUAAUGUGUAUGUAAUGUUAGGCUCGAUAACAAACUCAUAUCAAUUUUGACUUUUUCAUGCAGAGACUGAAACUUUUAUCUUUCCUAUUAUUAUGGAUAGUUCUCGCCUCAGCUCGUAUCAGGGGAUUUCUGCUGAAUUGCCUCUGAUAAAAGCCGAAACGCAAUUAAGAGAUAAGACGUAGCAUAAUGUACACAAACUCAGUUCCAUGCUAAAAAACACUAACUUCUUAUUGGUACGUCAUAUAUAUCGCAACGUGUUUCACAGAUAAGUUUAUAUAUUGGUUAGCUUGCAUCACGUUGCUCGCCUGUAGGCCUCAGAACUACAUGUACAAAGUUGGGUAUCGUACGUUGGCCCUUGUGAAAUCUGAAGGCAGUCACAACUUACGAUAAUAACACAGUAAAUACGUAUGCUCUUUCUUAUAGUAUUUGUCUUAUAAUAACAGUUUCGUCCAAUGAAAUGUGAUCAAAUUCCCAGCGAGAUAAAACAGUUUAGACAUGUUUAUGACUUCUUUGAACGAUGUUGUUUCUGCACGUGAGCGGCAAUAGAUUAACAGAUAAACGGGAUGCAUUCAAUUUAAAAGAUUUGCCGAUAUUGUGCUCUAAAUGUCAAAUCUCUUACAAUUUGAUAUCUUUCAUCAGAUACCCAACCACAGACAAAGGGCAUCUUUUGAAAAAUUAUUCCCAAAACUAUACUGAAAUUCAGCAAAAUCAGCAACAUAUUUCAUGUGAAAGAUUUGUUAUCGAAAAAAAGCCAAGUAUUCUUAUUACCUUCUAAUGCAUUAAGAUAAUCAUAAAGACAAAGUUUAAACUAUGAUAACCAUUAGCUGUAAAAUGGUACUUCCCCAAAGUCGUUUAGGAAGUGAAACCCUACUGCGAGCUCACUGAUUUACAAGAGCUGCGUCUACAUAGUUGUAAUUCUUCCCCUUCUGGCUCAGUAUUGAGUGAUAGACACCAACAUCCUCUCUUCUCGGCAUAAAUGAGCAGUUUAAUACAUCGUAUACCGAGGCAACCUUGAGAGAUACAACCCUGUCCGGCAUCAAGCCUAUUCCAUAAAUCUGCCAUCUGUUAACAGCAGUAUUGUUAAGCCUGGCCAAGUGCAGGGAAGCUCUUUCAGGCGGGGACCCCUGCUAAGGUUAAUUAAACUCGCAGACGCAUCCCAAAGGUUCUCGACGGCAUGUUAACGUUUGGGUUGAACGAUUUGCUGAGGCUUGUCUUUGUUCCAACAUAUUUGGAUCGAGGUCCUGAAUUAUUUGGAAACACCCUAUCUGGAUAGAAAAUUAGGAUAGGAUCAAAAUAUGGGUCUGAUAUGGGUCAACGAUGUAAUCUCUGUUUGCGUCAGUCCAUGGUAAUGACACGCGAACACAUAAACAAAUACAUGGAUGGAUACAUAGUGUUCGAAACAUCACUUGUAAAUGCAGAUUAGAAAGUAGCAAGUCAUGUGUCGUUUGGAGAUCGGGAAAAAAUGAGUUACCAUAUUUUUGCCAUUAUCGUUCAAAAGGUUGUGAAGGCAAUUAACCUUAGUCUUUUUGGCAUUAGCAUAUGGUGAUAGCUAGAUUUGUAUUUUAUGUAAUGCAAUAGUUAUGAACAGACUCGUAAGAUGUCUCCACUUCAACAUUAAUUCAGAAAUAUUUAAAUGGAACUUUGUCAACAUUGAAAAUAUGAAUUUAUAUAAUAAUUCCUGGUUUCAAGCAUACUGGGGAAAAGACAAACUAUUUCUUUGUUUACAGGCGUAAAUGACUAAGAGGGAAGACCGUUUCUAAACUUCGUACUCUAAAACAUGUACUGACGACAUACUUAAAUACAGACACCUAUAGCCUAUAGCUUUCCUCUAACGCGGCAUUACGUGUUUCAUUUUCAUUGCCUUGAUGGUCAUUGAAUCUGGCAGGGACAAUAUUAUCUAUAAAGGAUUUCUAUCCACCAAAAUGCCUUAUGCGAAAUUAUAUAUAUCUAUAUAACUGAAACAUAAUAACAUUAUAAUUCAGUCUCAUUAUCUUUUAUACAUUCAGUGAUCAUUGUCAUGAUAAAUAGAUACCGCCAUUCAUGGAAUCACUGACCAUGCAUUGUACUGUCAUUGCUUUGUUAUAUGUUUGGAUUGAAUCAAGAUGGCCAAUGCAACUAUACCACAUCAGAAACAUUGUCAUACGAGAUGUCCCCAGCAUUGUUUAUGUGUAAUAUCACCUUUCAUGUGCGUGUAAAUCACUGUUUUUUUCUAUGACAAACAACCUUAUAUAUUGGAUCAUGGGGACCAAGUCCGCACGAUGUUUUUAAAAGCCAACGUUAACAGAUUUCGCUAAUGGUCAUGACGUUGUUUUUGUUGCUCAAAAUGUUUGCUCAAAGCACAUGGUACCUUGUUUAAUAGUUUAUGUCAUUGGUGAUUAUUCUGCUCUGUCCGUGUAGUUGUUAUUGAAUUUUCUACUUCAGUGGUCAUUCUAUGGUAUUGUUAUUUAUUCUCACUUGCAUGCACGACUUAUCGCUGCACCGCACAGAAAUCAAUAAAUGGCUAGUGAAAUAAUCAGAUGGUCAAUUUGACUUUCAAAAUAUUAUGUUAUGUACACAUGGGUGAUUUUUAUAUAUUUUGUAAGAGAGGGCAUAUUAGUUGAGAAUGAGUGUGAGUGUUAGCAUUAGUGCGGGUGGGAGUGAGUGUGUGAGGUUUGCUUCAGGCCACGAGAAGCCCUGCUGGACUGGACAAGAUGCCGAGGUUGUAAAGUGUUCAAUUCCAAAGGGUAUUCCAGCACAAUGUGGAGAGCCCCUCCGUGCUGUAACCCGCCAUCUUGUUGCCAGAAUGUUGCAAAAGAGGUGUAAAACUACUGUUUGAUAUUUUAGUUUUUUAAUGAGAUGUUUUGAGAUGAUUUUUUCAAAGUCUGAACUAACGGGAUUCGUCUUUUCAAAAUAACUAUUUUUAGGUAUUUGGUGAUAAAAAGAGGUUAUCACGCGAGUGUGUUUGGGGAUGGUAAAUAUCCUGCAUUAGGAAUAAACAUUGUAUUUGGCGAGCCUUGACGAAUUGCGAUUUUCCUGGAAGGUGCGCAUUAAUAUUUAUUACGUCACAGGGUGAGUGAUGUGUCAGUGGGACAGUGACAGUAGCCAAUAUAGCUCCAACUAAAAUCUGUUUCUUAUACAGUGGUGAAUAUACAUA